UAAAAACUAAAUAAGACUACAACUACUUACUGUACUGUCAACUGUUAAAAACAGUAGUAAAUUUUUUGUGUUUUUCAUGGUGGUAUUGCAGUAUGGUUACUCUUGUUUUUAUUGGAGGCGAACAGUAAAAGAGUGUUUACUAACCUAUCGCUAGUGAACAUACUUUGGCUGACUCGUCAGCCAGUUGAUCUCGGACCAAAACAAACUCAAAGGAGGAAAAAAAGCAUUUGACUGAGGCGUCUGACUUCCACACUGCUGUUUUCCAAAUGUCGCGGCGAUUAAACAAGAGGUGCGAGGAGGAGUAAUUUAUCAUGCGGCUUGGAGACGCAGCUGGGCUUGUAGUGGUAGCCGCUAGCUAGAAUGCUAAUGUUCCGUAGCUAACGGUAACGUUAUGCCAGAUGACCCAACAGCAGUAGUAGUAGUUGGGAAUAGAAGCUGCUGCUGCUGCUGCUCCUAUUUUAUUUGCCUGAACUCUCACCCAGCAUUAUAAACGGGCCUGCCAUCUAGUUAGUUUUGUAGUUAGGCACCACGAAAACAGAGAAAACUAAUUUUCAGCGUUGCCUUUUACUGCCUAAAUUAAAAACUGAAGUAUGGGGAUGUGCUUACCGUGCCUUGGUGGAGCAGCGGACGACGUUGUGGUCACUCCAGAUCCUGAGACCCGGAGACAACAGUUAGCUGAAGCCGCCGAAAAGAGACAAAAAGAGACGGCGUACAGGGGUGUUAAAAAUCCAGAAGCAGUCGAAAGGAAAAGGAAAAAACAGGAAGAAGCUGAGAAACAAGCGAUGAGCACCUCUGUGUCAGGUGGUGGUGGUGGGCUGAAGUGGCAGGUGGGCUGAAAAUCCUGAUGGUAAAGUCUGAACUCGGAUGUCUAAAUAUAUAACGUAUUGCUGCAAGAUGACUUGAAAGAUGUUGGAACUGCUGUCCGUUUUUACUUUUUCUUUCGUUUUCUUUCGUUUUCUUUUCUUUGCUUGUUAUGUAUCUGUGUCAUGUUAUGCGUCUACAGCUGUCAGGUGCAAAACAGUUAAGUUAUUCCACACAAAACACAGCAGAAUUUGCCAAGUUAUACAAAUCAGUUUGUACCUUUGGUCGAGUCAGGGGUGACACAGUAAUGUGCAAGCAAACACAAUUAUGUGAGAUUUGUGUGAAGAUUGAUUAGAUACAGUGUUGCAGUACAGUGACUCCCAUUAGGUAACAUGGAAGAACAUCGCUAUAAUAUGCAGUUGUACAUUAAUACAGAGCUUCCCUCACUGUGUUUGGUUUUCCUAGUCAGAGUAUUCUACAUAUAUCCAUUAACAGUUGGAUAUACCUUUUUAGCAUGAACUCACUUUGUGAUGGGCUCUGUUAUUUGGCAACUCAAAGACUAGUGCAAACAGUGCAAACUUGACUAUCUUUACCCAACUCAUAAUGGGCUCCUUGCUCAUCACCGAGGCGAGUCAGUGACACAGACCACAUUGGGGUCAUUAUUUUGUGUGUUUGUAUUGGGGGGAAAAAUGGGUGUUUUGUGCUGAGAAUGUAGGUGGACUCUAUGUGGCGCAUCUAAUGCGGCGAUUCCUUGGUAAGCACAAACUUUAUACUUGACAAAAACUGCAGCAGCUAAUAAAUACUGCUGAAUAAUGUAGAGCACAGGUGUCGAACUCCAGGCAUCAAGGGCCGGUGUCCUGCAGGUUUUAGAUGUGUCCUUGAUCCAACACAGCUGAUUUAAAUGGCUAAAUGACCUCCUCAACAUGUCUUGAAGUUCUCCAGAGGCCUGGUAAUGAACUAAUCAUUUGAUUCAGGUGUGUUGACCCAGGGUGAGAUCCAAAACCUGCAGGACACCGGCCCUCGAGGCCUGGAGUUCGACACCCCUGAUGUAGAGCAACUGUAGAGCACUCUCCAGCCAAUAAGAAUGCCCUAGUUCUUCGCACUAGUCUUUGCCCUACUUUAAUAGAGCCCUUUUUUUAAUUACUUUGUUUAUCAUGCACAGUUUUUGAGUUUGUUGCAUUGAAUUGUAGUGUAUGCAAACACGGAUGGAAUGGCUGCUUAAUCUAAAUGAGAAAUGUUUGUGAAUUGCCAUACUACAACUGAAGCUUUUGUUACACACUUAUUUGCACACCAUCAGCCAAUAUGCUCACUUUCGUUCGAAGGUUCAAGUCCACUACAAUGGAAACGAGACUGAAGGAAUAUGAAGGAGAAAACAGAUGUUUUGAGAUAUUUUCUUUGACUUACUUGGCUGAGUGCGUUUCUUACAGCCUUCCUUAAAUGCUUCUGGUGCUCUUGUCAUUUUGUAGAAGAAAUCUAGCCAAUGUUAUUUGCUACAAUAAAUCACAUUUCUGCUACCCUUGUGUCAAUUUCAUGCGUAGAAUCACAGUUUUAGAGGUAAUACUUAGUGGUAGAGUUUCACUGUUAAUAUAGUUGACAAAAAUAUAAGCAAAUAUUAAUAUUUACAGUUUCUGACGUGUCUAGAGUCGUUCAGGUGUAGCCAGAGAUGUGCAAAGUCUUGAGCCACCCCCAAUUUCUUUAUAUUUAAGGAUUUUGUUUAAUGUUGUCUGUGCCUCUUUUUUUAAAUGUAUCUUUGCUUGUGUUGCUAAAUAGACUGAUAGUAGCUUCUACUUUGUCACAGGAAUGUUGUUUGUGGCUCAAAAUGACUUGAUAUCAUUCAUGAGGGAUGCAUUUGACAUCGUUUGACAUAUUAUUGGCCAACAAAUCAUUUACAGCUGUUUAAAUACGGAUAAUCACUUUUUGGCAAAUACCGGAAAUCUCUUUUGGUCAGAUGAUUACUUUUUGACACACCACGGGUGUCUAAUAUCCUUUUGAUAAAUAGUCUGCAGACAGCAGGAUUAAAACUGGUUAUACAAAUAAAGAAAUAACCUGUUUUCUAAGUGUAAUUACGACUAUCUUCUACUUUGUAAUCAAUCCGGGUCCGUUUGGACGCUUAAAAAUAUAUAACUUGUGUUAUAGAUGUGAAGUUUACCCUGCACUCCUGGUCUGAUCGCUGUUGAAAAAGACUUUUUAAAUGAUUUUUUUUAAACAGAUGAUCACGUUUUGCCACAACACCGGCUCACGUGGCUUCGAAUAUCAAAUACAUCAUCUACCCGAACCGCACGCGCUUCACAAUCUCGCUGCCUUAAGGCGUAACUAAUGACGUAGACUGACGCAGAAGUAUUGUUCCGGUGUGUUCGUUAGCUCAUCCACACACAUGGAAGCGCUAACUGGCAGCGUCCCUUCGAUAGCUCAGUUGGUAGAGCGGAGGACUGUAGACGUCACAGCUGAAAUCCUUAGGUCGCUGGUUCAAAUCCGGCUCGAAGGAGACAUAUUUUCACAAUUUUCUUUUCGUCUAACUACAGUAAAAUAUCCUGAACGUUACAGGUCAGUGUCGUACUGAAACAUUAGCUCUGUCUCCCAGAGUAUACUGAAAUAAGUAUGUUCAGACAUAAGCAAAGUCGUCUGCCCUGCCCAUUCACAAACCAACAUCAUCGUUGCUGUGUUUUUAUUAUGAAUAUUAUCCUGGACUCUUCUUCAGCUUCUGUGCAGACCUCAUUAUAACAUAUGUGCAAACAGCAACGUGUUUCUGUAUCUCUCCAGACUUAACAGUAACACUUCAUUUUUUAAAAAAAAAAGGCAUGCCCUUCAGCAACCUUAUUAACGCCAGAUUUUAAUGCAGUAUUAACCGGAGAUGAAUUACUGAGGGGACUGAAAAUCACACAGUGUUCUUGGCUGACACUCACAAACUGCCUGUAACAUCAGUUCUAGUUCCUACCGGACACGAUGUCCACAAAAUAAAAGAAACAGUAUUAAUGAACAAAACCAAAACCUCGUCUCAUUAAAAACAGCAUGAACUCUGUUUUUACCUGAUGGACUCUA